AUGAAGUGAUGCAAAAACAAGUGAAGAGAAUAGUGAAGGGAGACUGGGAAAAGCACAAGCGAGACAAAGACCUGGGACCAUACCUUCACGUAAAGCAAGAGUUGUCAAUCACAGAAGGACUGAUUUUCAGAAAACAGCAUAUAGUGCUACCAGCAACCCUACAGAAGGAAGUAGUCAAGCUAGGACACAACCUUGGACACUUGGGCAAGACCAAGGCCAAACAGCUACUGAGAGAGAAAUACUGGUUCCCUUUACUAAACAGUAUG